UCUUGUUUGACGAAUUCGGACAAGCGUUAAAUAUUUUUUAUUUAUUAUAUUUCGCUACUUACAGGUUAAUUAUAUAACGUAUCAACAUCAAAAUGAUCGAUUGCAAGCCGACCGAGAGAAUAAAUUAUUCCUAUUUCGUAGCCAUUUCAGUAAACUUCAUGGCGGUCCUCGCAGGAGUGGGCUUCUCCUGGUCGUCCCCCUGCGUUCCCAAACUCUCGGGCCAAGCCGACCCCGAGCACAACCCCCUCGAGCACCCCGCCACCAUCCAACAAAUCGCCUGGAUCACCUCGCUGCACAACCUCGGCUGCAUCAUCGCCCCGCUCCUCUGCGGCCCCCUCACCGCCAAGCUGGGCAAGAAGCGCACCCUGCUCGUCUUCGCCGUGCCCCAGCUCCUCUCCAACGUCGUCCUGAUGUUCGCCGACGAGGUGCCCCACUUCUACGCCGCCCGGUUUCUCAUGGGGGUGGGCACCGGCGGCGCCACCACCCUCAUCCAGGUGUACGUGGUGGAGGUGGUGCCGUCCAGCCACCGCGGCAGGGCCUGCAGCUUCACCAAUUGGAUGGUGACCCUAGCGCAGGAUUUCGUGUUCGUACUCGGCCCGUACGUCACCAUAAAAACGCUGGCUAUGAUUUCUGUAGUGCCUUCGAUAGCUUUCUUCGUGGUCUUCGGAUUGUUUGUACCGGAAAGCCCUUAUUACUUCGUCGGUAGGAGGGAGUUGAAGGAAGCUGAGGCUAUAUUAGUGAAAACGAGGCGGACUAACGACGUUAACGAAGAAUUAGAGAAAAUCGUGAAGUAUCUAAACGAAGAGAAGACCGUUAAAUUCUCGUUGGGAGCCAUGGUGGCUUCUAAAGGUGUUCGCAAGAGUUUCGCGCUGGCUGUUGCUUUGACAGUGUUCCAGCAAUUUGCUGGUGUGAAUUGCGUGUUCGCGUACCAACAAUCGAUCCUGGCAGAGUCGGAGUCUUCGCUACCCGCCGAUAAAUCGGUGAUGGUGGUGGCUUUGAUACAAAUAAUCCCGAUGGUUUUGAUCACGAAGCUGGUGGAUUCGUGGGGCAGGAGGAAAUUGAUCAUGCUGUCGUACGCCGGGGAGUUCGUCGCGCUGGUGGCGUUCGGGGCGUAUUUUUUCCUGAAAUCGCACGGGGUGGAUGUGAGCUCGGUGUUCUGGUUGCCGGUGGUGUGUUUGAUCGUGUACAUUUUUAGUUUUAAAUUGGGUUCUGGACCGUUGACUUCUACGAUUAGUAUCGAGUUGUUUCCGCAGAAGUACGGGUAUAUUUUGACGUGCGCUUCGGCUUUCCUGACGCAUUUGAUUAUGUUCCUGGUAACCUAUGUGUUUCCCAGUGUGUGGACGAUGUUGGGACUGGAGGUGGCUUUCUGGGGAUUCGCUGCGGUGGCGGUUUCUGCUGUAGUUUUUAUUUAUUUUUUGAUACCGGAGACGAGCGGUAAAACUUUGGCCGAGAUACAAAAGGUUUUGCUCGCUUGAAGGUUAUUUAAAUGGACAAAUAAAUUAAAUGGCCUGUAUGUAUGUAUACAGAGUUCCUUUUUUAUGCUAUAACUUAAAAAAAGCGAUGAAUACGGGUCUUUAUGUAUUCUAUUUAAUGUAAAUAUAGUAGUAUCUAUGUAGUAAUUAAA